AUGGCUAACUCCCACCCCGAAGUCCGAACGAUGGAGUCGUCUCUGUGGAGGAACAGAAAGUGCCUUACAGUGUGUACCAUUGUCGCCAUUGCGAACCUUCAGUAUGGCUACGAUACCAGCGCUAUUGGUUCGUUUCAAGCCAUGCCAGGAUUUCUCCGUGUUUUUGGACACCCUGACAAGAAAUCUAAGAAUGGGUAUGCCAUCGAUUCCACUUUCCAGCAGCUCAUCAGCUCGCUCAUGACCCUUGGAGCAUUUGUCUCAUGCCUGGCCGCCGGUACCUUUUCCCGUUACUUCGGCCGAAAGCUCGCGCUCCAUGUUGCAUGCGUUCUGAGCAUCAUAUCUGUCGUCAUUCAAAUGGUGGCUACCAACAAAGGCCUGAUAUAUUUCGGACGCAUUUUGAUUGGAAUGGCUAAUGGAUUCUUUGCCACCUUCUCGACCAUUUAUCUCGCUGAAGCUGCGCCCGCUCAUCAGCGGGGUGUCUUCACAGCACUGUUCAAAUUCUGGAUUCAAUUGGGCAACAUCUUAGGCACAUUGACCGUGAACUACACUUCGAAACGUUAUAACAAGUCUUCGUACCAGAUCCCACUUGGCUGCCUUUUAAUCAUCCCCACAAUUCUCCUCUUUGCGAUAAGCUUUUUUGUACCCGAGUCUCCUCGCUACCUCUUACUGCGCCGCAAAGAUCAAGAAGCUCGCGAGGCAUUCGAUUUUCUACGUGCCGGCUCUGUGGAUUCCGAGUUCGUUGAGCUCGAGUGGGUGGAAAUGAUCCGCGGCCGAGACGAAGAAAGCCAACAAGAAACUAAGACAAGCUUCUGGGAACUCUUCGAAGGUACCAAUUUGCGCCGCACUUUAUUGUGCUACGGAACAAUUGCCUCACAGACCGGGGCCGGCAUCUGGUUUGUCAUCGCCUAUCAGACUUACUUCUUCACUAUUAUUGGCGCCUCGAAGCCAUUCGAGUACAGUCUUAUGAACACAUGCAUCGGCUUCGCGGGAUGCAUCAUAGGAAUGAUAGCCAUGCGUCACUUCUUAGGGCGGCGGGCUCAGCUUGGCUGGGGUGCUUUCGUCUCGGGCGUAUGCCACCUUGUCCCUGCCAUUAUCUGGACCGUAAAGCCAGACUCAUCAGCCACAGUUGAAAUCGUUGUGGCAUUCUUCGCUCUCUAUUACUUUUGUUACGGCUCCACGCUUGGUGUCGCUACUUACUCAGUGGCUUCUGAAGUCCCGAGUACAAGGCUCCGAGCUAUGACCUUAGGCACAGCAACUUCUCUUGGACAACUGCUGGCCUGGCUUUCUUCCUUCUGCACUCCAUAUUUCAUUAAUCCCGCCCGUCUACACUGGGGUUCCAAGUAUCAAUAUAUCUGGGCCGGCUCAUGUUUCGCAAUCUCGGUAUUUUACUUUUCAUUCCUGCCUGAGACAAAAGGUCACUCGCUCGAAGAGCUCGACGAAUUGUUCAUCAACAGAGUUUCUGUUCGCGACUUUCCCAAGCGUGAAGUCAUGCUUUUGCAAAUGGCAGCUCUCGAAGUGCAGGAAAAGUCUCGCGUGGAUAUGUUCCAAGGCAAAACGGCCUCCGAAGUAUCACAGGUCGAAGACAUUGAGCACACCAGCAAAUUGUAA